GCUCAGGCUUCUGCAGGGGCAGCUAAGCGGGACCUACAAUGCAGCUUGUGUGUCGGAAGGAUUCAUUCCAGUUUCUGCCACAGCAGAUUUGCCUCUGUACAAGAGAGAGCUGGAGCUGAACCUUCUCUCCAAACAUGGCCGGUAAGAUCCAGAGUCUGACUGAGGAGGAGAGGGCCCACCUACUCCCCUUGCUACGCAACGCUCAAUGGGUGGAGGUAGUGGGACGGGACGCCAUUUACAAAGAGUUUAUUUUUAAAGACUUCAAUCAGGCUUUUGGUUUCAUGUCCAGAGUGGCGCUGCAAGCAGAGAAGAUGGAUCAUCAUCCUGAGUGGUUCAAUGUAUAUAAUAAGGUCCAGAUCACUCUCAGCACACAUGACUGUGGGGGGCUGUCCCAGCGUGAUAUAACUUUGGCCACCUUCAUUGACCAGGCAUCUCUGAUGUGACCAACACACAUUAUCAAGUCGAUUCAACAGUGAAAAAAACUGAAGUGAUGGAAGUCACAGCUCUUCAUAUAUUCAUUCCACUGAGAAAUCUCUGAAGAUGUGACCUGCAACACCCAAAGAAUAUAAACCAAUUACUUUCAGUCGUUGUGAAUAAUGUAGCAGUCUGUAAAGGGUAAAAGGUGUUAAAAUGA